UUUUAUUCUUCUCUUUUUACAGACUUCAGGACUUUCUGCAUACCUUGGAAACAUGUUCACAAAGAUUAACGGUCUUCCAGUUGUCAUGCUUAUCAUCAUUUUUGCCAUCAUUGCUGGAUUUUUAACUGAAUUUGCCAGCAAUUCAACAACCGCUACAAUCGUUUUACCUGUUGUUGCUCAAGUUGCUGCAUCAAUUGGAAUCAAUCCAUUAGUCUUCCUGAUUCCUGUUACCAUGGCUUGCUCAAUGUGUUUCAUUUUACCAGCAGGAACUCCAGCCAAUGCGUUAGUCUAUGAACAUGCUGGUCUAAAACCUUCUGAUAUGGUUAUUCCAGGUUUAUUGAUGAAAGUCACCAGUUUAGCUGUUAUCGUUGCUAAUCUUAACCUUCUUGGUUAUCCAAUUUUCGGAUUAUCAACAACACCAGACUGGGCUCGAGCAACAUUCAACAGUACUUUAAUUUCUUGACAGCAUAUUAUUCAACAAUUAAUUUACGCUAGUUAACAUCCAAUUACUAUUACUAUAAAUUGGAUUAGUAUUUACUAUUGUCGACUAAUUAUCUUGUUGACAUGAAAUUUUGCAAAACAAUUAUUUUUUGACUUUAUUAAAUAAUAAUGCAAUUUUUUCUAUUAAA